GGAAGUGGGCGGUGUCGCGUGCGGGCCGGCGCUGGACCCCUCCCCCCGUGGCUCGGCCGCCCCCUCCCCCGCUCCGCCCGCUCAGAGCGUGAUGGCGGCAUCUGAGGUAGCUGGUGGUGGGGCCCAUGCCCCCAGUCCUCCGGAAUCCUCUUCUAGUUUGUGUGCUUCCAAAUCAGACGAAGGUCUCCCAGAUGGUCUAAGCCCCAAAGACCCUGCACAGAAGCCCAAGAACUUGUCUCUUUCGAGUGUAAGUAGCCAAGCAGCACCCAAGGAGAAUAACAGAAAUGCCCAUUUGGAACCAGAGCAGAAUCCUGGAUCAUCAGCAGGUGACACUUCAGCAGUGCACCGGGUGAUUUUAGGAGGAAACGUGGUAGUCACAGCCCUUUGUCUUCCUGGCAGUGGGUCUCAGUCUGAUUUGAAGGACUUGUCCAGCACAGCAGAAGAGGAGGGAGACACGUGCCUCCAGGAGAGCCUCCCUCCAGCCACUCAGUCUCUUAAGGCAGGGUGCCAUACAAAGGAGCUUGCCUCCACGAGUUCUUCUGAAGAGAAAUCCCCACAAGCCUCCAGCCUAAAGGAAGGGAUCAGGGACACAGGCUUGGAUUUCCAACCUGUAGUGCCUCCAUCAAAUGGGGUUGAAGGAGUCAGAGAGGACCUGGAUGAUGACCAGGAUAGCUCUUCCCUGAAGCUUUCUCAGAACAUUGCUGUGCAGACUGACUUUAAGACAGAUGAGUUAGAGAUAAACACAGAUCAUGAUAUUGAAAAGAAUCUGGAUAAGAUGAUGUCAGAGAGGACCCUGUUGAAGGAGCGUUACCAGGAGGUCCUAGACAAGCAGAGGCAGGUGGAGAAUCAGCUGCAGGUGCAGUUAAAGCAGCUUCAGCAAAGGAGAGAAGAAGAGAUGAAGAAUCACCAGGAGAUAUUAAAGGCUAUCCAGGAUGUGACAAUAAAGCGGGAGGAAACAAAGAUGAAGAUGGAGAAGGAAAAGAAGGAAUUUUUGCAGAAGGAGCAGGAUCUGAAAGCUGAAAUUGAGAAGCUUUGUGAGAAGGGCAGAAGGGAGGUGUGGGAGAUGGAACUGGAUAGACUCAAGAAUCAGGAUGGUGAAAUAAAUCGGAACAUUAUGGAAGAGACAGAACGGGCCUGGAAGGCAGAGAUCUUGUCACUAGAGAGCCGGAAAGAGUUGCUGGUAUUGAAACUAGAAGAAGCAGAAAAAGAGGCAGAACUUCACCUUACUUACCUCAAGUCAACUCCCCCAACACUGGAGACUAUUCGUUCCAAACAGGAGUGGGAGACAAGGCUGAAUGGCGUUCGGAUAAUGAAAAAGAACGUUCGGGACCAAUUUAAUAGUCAUAUUCAUUUGGUGAGGAACGGAGCCAAGCUGAGCAGCCUUCCUCAAAUCCCUACUCCCACCUUGCCUCCACCCCCUUCUGAGACAGACUUCAUGCUUCAGAUGUUUCCACCCAAUCCCUCUCUGCCCCCUCGGGUGCCCUUCUCCAUUGGGCAGGUCACAAUGCCCAUGGUUAUGCCCAGUGCAGAUCCCCGUUCUUUGUCUUUCCCAGUCCUGAGCCCUGCCCUUUCCCAGCCCAACCAACCUUCCCCACCCCUUCCUGGCUCCCAUGGGAGAAAUAGCCCUGGCGUAGGUUCCCUUGUUGGUCCCCAUGGUCCACACAUGCCUCCUGCCGCCUCCAUCCCACCUCCCCCAGGCUUGGGCGGUGUUAAGGCUUCUACUGAAUCUCCCCGGCCCCAGCCAGUAGACAAACUGGAGAAGAUCCUGGACAAGCUGCUGGCUCGGUUCCCACAGUGCAAUAAGGCCCAGAUGACCAACAUUCUUCAGCAAAUCAAGACAGCACGUACCACCAUGGCAGGCCUGACCAUGGAGGAGCUGAUCCAGCUGGUAGCUGCACGCCUGGCAGAACAUGAGCGGGUGGCAGCAAGUACUCAGCCACUUGGUCGGAUCCGAGCCUUGUUCCCUGCUCCACUGGCCCAAAUCAGUACCCCAGUGUUUUUGCCUUCUGCCCAAGUUUCAUACCCUGGAAGGUCUUCACAUGCUCCAGCCACCUGUAAGCUGUGUCUAAUGUGCCAGAAACUUGUCCAGCCCAGUGAGCUGCACCCAAUGGCGUGUGCCCAUGUGUUGCACAAGGAGUGUAUCAAAUUCUGGGCCCAGACCAACACAAAUGACACUUGUCCCUUUUGUCCAACCCUUAAAUGAUGGACCUGACUGGGGAGGAAGAAGAGGAGAAACUGAUGUGAACAGGAACGAGCGGGUUCAAGAUUCCUAAAACUCUAUAUUUAUACAGUGACAUAUACUCAUGCCAUGUACAUUUUUAUUAUAUAGGUAAUGUGUGUAUAGAAAGUCUGUAUUCAGAUGUUCGUAAAUGAAAGUAUGUAUAUAAUGCAGAAACUGUCUGUUCCCCCUCAUCUUGCAGUUCCUUUUGGGGAAUUAUAGGGAAGAUAAUGUUUAGUUUUAGCCUUGAAAUUAUGAUAUUCUUGCUAGGGGUGUUUUCAGAUACAAUAUAGUAACCAUCUAGGAAGCUGCUGUUGCUCUAAGGCCGCCCUGCUUUGAUUUGGCUCAGCUUCUAGUCCAUUUUCUUAAGGCUCUUGUACACAGGUUUGAACCCUGGUGCUCACCCGCUGUCCAGCCAGAUGCUUUGCUUAGCAAAAGCCUCAGGAAGCCUCAGUCUUGUUCUAGCCACUCUACUCCAAAAGGAUAAAAUCAGACUGAUUGAGGGGAAAAAAAAUGUAGCCCUAGUGGUUUGACUUUUCAUUGAAUAUUUUACUGUGUUACUGCUCAUUAUUUGUACAUAGUCAUUAGGUUUACAGAAUAUUUUGUUUUACAUCAGCAAAAUUCACAGUCCAAGAAUAACAACAUAAUCAGGUUCUGUUUCCCCCAUACCCCCCACAAUCUUCUGUUCACCCUACUUCCUGGAUACAGUCUCUGUUUAGAAACUGGCACAGUCCACAGCUUUUUCCUGGGCCAAGGCAUCCCUUGCUGCCACUGACUUGGUUUCUACUCAAGCUCUGACAGACCAACCUUGUGAAGUCCUCAUCUCUUCCCUUUCACUUCUGGUCUCCUAGUCUAGCUAGCCCCCCACCCCCCUGAAGGUUAAGGCAGUUGGUUCACAACCAAGUUGUUUGGUAACCUUGGGUGAGCUCCACACAGGCACUGGGGUGAGGAGAUGUCUGUGCAAAAUUACUUGCAGAAUGAUCUUGAAAUGCUGGGUUUUAAUUUUUAGAAACAAGAAUGUUAUAGGGGACAUGUUUCCUGUCCUGGGAAAAAUGGAGACCAGAGUGAUAUGAAGAAGGAAGGCUGGAUUUCAAGUUUAUGAAUCGUUUACUCCAUGGAUAGCUAUCUGCAACUACAUUAUUUAUCCACUGACGUUUAUGGAGCCCUUCUGGUUUUUAGGUUUCGUACCUGGGAAAGCUGUGAGUCUAUUAGAACAUUGAAUGUUUUCCUAUCCUUUUUAUCUUUACUCCUACCAGAAAUGGCUUCAGCUCCUUUCUGUUUUGAAAUUAUCAAGUGAAAACUAAGUGUUAAUCCAAAAAAAAAAAAAAAAAAAGGUUCCAGGGGAAGGUCAUCGUCAUAUGACUAACAGUUGAAUUUCCCUUUCUGGGACCUGGAAAUGCUUGUCACACUUGUGAUACUUAUCAGGGUGGCAAAGACUUUUCCUUUCAGGUCCAGCUAAAUUCUCUCCUUUGUGUCUUUCAUCCUUGCCUGUCAUUUCAUGGAUGUAUUCUUUCUUUUAUCUUGCCUUACUUGCCCAGGUUUAUUGACCAACAUCAGUUUAAGGAGCUGAAUUUUCCGGGUCCUCCUUGGCAUCUUGCAGAGUAAUUAAAAUGUUGUAGAGGUCAGAAGACCCACUUUUCUCUGAUUAAUGAAAUAUUAAUGUCUCCACUUUGGUAUCCGUUAUGAACAGGAAAUGUGGCAAAAUGGAAGACCGGCUCCUUUGUUCUUACCAUUUGGGGGAUUCAUUUUUUGUCUUGUGAUCUAGUAUUCUCUCUCCCCUCAACUUUGCAGCAGGCUUUGGGCCACCUGCAGUAUUUUUCAGUAUCCUCUGAAAAUUUAGAAAUUAGAGAUGAGUAGAAAGAAUAUUCUGUUUCUUUUCCAAAAAUCUUUGAAGCCAUAGGAGUAGAUAGAAAAAAAGGAGGAGGUACAUAGGGGGUAUUAACUGCUUCCUAGUAAAAGUCCCUGGAAAACCAGCUAUAGCAGGAGGACAAGUGUUUUGGACAUGGGGGCUGGGGCCUCGCUGUUGCUCUUUUUACUUUCUUAUUCAGGAACAAUUAGAAAGCCACACUUAAGUUUUGGCUACCCUUCUUCUCCAUUUUCCCUCUUUCCACUGGCCUGCAAUGGUAAAAAGCCAUGCAGAUCAACAGGAAAGGCCCCAAAUGAGGUAAGGGGAGAUGGGACAGUCAUUUUUCAGGAGUAGAAUUUAAAAAUAGAGAUACGUAAUACAUAUUUUUACAAGCAAGAAGCCAUUGUCAAGAUUUUUUUUUUAUAUAUAUACCUAGAGUUCAUAGUUUCAGGGCAGAAAGGAGAUAACUGUAAAAAGAAAAAUAAAUACAAGGAGUUUUCUCUUAAAAAAAAAAAAAAAAGAGGACAAUAGGACUUACUAAUAAAGAGUUUGAGUUUUAUGCCCUGGUAAGAGCUGAGGAAAAGCCAGUUUUCCCCAACAUGGGUAAAAAUUAUAAAGCAGAACAUGGCAUUUUCAUUUCAUGGUAGCAAUUCUGGAAGUUAUUUACACAGUAAAUUCUGAGCUGGAAGUGGACAGUCUCAUCUUCCUGUUAGUCUUUGUGGCUAUGGGGUGUUCCCAGUCAACCAAAGCAGCACCAAGUGCAGAAGGAGUGAAGAGAACCCAGAUAAAAAACUGUGACUCAGUAUUCUUGUUUUAUUGGUUUAUGGCUUGUGGGCAGCCGGCUGAGGCCAGGAACUCUAGAGGCCCUCCUUGUAUUUCCCUCUCCCUCAUCAGGUAAUCCCAUACUAGGCAGGUCCCAUACCUGGAAGCAGUGUGUCGACCAGAUAGGAUGCAGUGGGUGUAACAGAAAAAUUCAGCUCUUCCCACUAACACUGGUAUCAGUCUACUGUGUUAGAACUGAUAGAGAGGAAAUGAACUUGAUCCCUACUAUCUAGCCCAAGAACCAGCCUGGGUACCCAAAUACUACCUGGAGUGGGGAGUAGACAGCAGGAUAGGGGAAAAAGAUGCGGGGCUCUUAUGGUGAAGGAGAUAAGGAAGUGCUGUGGCUGCCUUCCUCUUCUAGGCAGCUUUGAUACUGAAGGUGAUGUUGCUAGAGCCAGAAAAUGCUGUGUUUCUGGCACUCUUGGCAUAAUACUAGUGCCGCUGUGGGAUGCCUUUAACAAAUAAAUGGAGGGGACGUUAGACAGGGUGAAAAGGUAGUGAAACAGAUCUAUAUUAUGUAAAGAUCUUACCACUUACAGCUGAAUAGGAAGAAAUCUAGACACAGGUAUAGAGCAUCAAUCCUAUACCUGUUGAACGAAUCUUCAGGAUUCUACUUUCAAGGAUUAGGUAGGAGAGGUCUCCUAUCUA